ACAACAUUCUCAACUCCUCCCUUUUCUCUUUUCUCAUAUCUGAUCUCUAUAGAAACUAAGAAAUAUAAUUAGAAUGCAGAAACAACUUUGUCACACAAUCUUUAUCUUCACUAAUAUCCUUCUUUCCACACUCACCGUUGGUUUGACGGUAGAUUAUGCAGAAAUGAAAAACCAAACUCAGUUCACUCCAAAGGCCUUUGUAAUUCGCUAUUGGAAUAGAGUGAUCAAAAACAACUUGCCAAAGCCAUCCUUCGUCCUCUCGAAGGUGUCACCCCUUAGUGCCGCCGACGCAUCUUGUUUUGCAAAGCACGCGGGCACCAACACACUAUCCACAAAGUUGUCGGAAUUCUGCUCUGCCGCACACCUCCUCUGCUUCCCGGAUAUAAAUCCACAAAGUUACCGUAAAGGAGUUGUUUUAGACAAGACGCUUAGCUUCACAAGUUACGGUGUUACUAACCCUUUCGAAGAUUAUGUCAAGAAAGGUAUGUUAUUUAUCUCCUACACUAAAUCUUCUUCUACUAACUCAAUUACUAGUUUGGUAAAAAAAUUGGUUCAGUCGGGUAAGUUUUUCCGCGAAAGGAUGUUGAAGCAAGGGAUGGUUAUGCACAUGCCAGAUAUAAGGGACAAAUUACCAGAAAGAUCAUUUUUGCCUCGCUCCAUUUUGACCAAAUUGCCCUUUGCAUCUUCCAAGUUAGACGAUAUGAAGCAAGUUUUCAAGGUGUCUAAGAAUUCUUCUAUGGAAAAGAUGAUAGUGAACUCAUUGAGAGAAUGUGAGAGGGUGCCGAGUAAGGGUGAGGUUAAGCGUUGUGUGGGUUCACUUGAGGAUAUGAUUGACUUUGCAACUUCUAUUUUAGGCCGCAAUGUGACGGUUCAAUCCACUCAGAAUGUAAAUGGGUCGAAUAAGAAUGUUAUGUUAAGUCAAGUUAGAGGAAUAAACCAUGGGAAAGUUAUAGAGUCUGUAUCUUGUCACCAGACCAUGUUUCCUUACUUAUUAUACUAUUGUCACUCAGUUCCUAAGGUUCGAGUUUAUGAAGCGGAUCUUUUAGACCCUCAGUCUAAGGUCAAGAUUAAUCGCGCUGUUGCAAUCUGCCACUUGGACACAACAUCUUGGAGCCCCACCCAUGGUGCAUUUGUGGCACUUGGAUCCGGUCCGGGUCGGAUCGAAGUGUGUCAUUGGAUCUUUGAGAAUGAUAUGAUCUGGACUGUCGCUGAUUGAGGAAGCACUCCAUCUUAAUAUAUAAGACAUCUUUCACAAAAGCACGAGCGAAUUAAGAAAAGUUAUUUUUGCAUUAAAUUUGUCAAUAACAAACUUCCUUUUCGAAAAUUACUCUUCAAUUAUUAAGAGAGAGAUAAAUAAUAAUCUCUUAAUUCUCUUCAUUUAAAAUGGUCUUAUAAAAUGGAACAACAAAAUUUUACAAAGAUGUCUUAUAUAUUGGGAGUGAGUAACUAUUUUUAGUUUAUUUUUUAAGAAAAAGUAAAUGAUCUGUCUUCUGAAAAAUUUGUAUUAUUUAAAAUAAAUGUUUGGUUAAAUGUGAGCAUAUCUUAUUAUAUAUGUAACUGUGUAUUGCAUGGCUUCCUAAUCAAUGUAGGAUUUGUGUCAAAAAAAUAAAUCAAUGGAAGCUUAAUAUUAGAGUAUUUUCAUGAACGCCUA